GCCAUGUUUUUGCAAGUCUUGGGCGACAUGGGCACCGUUUCUAGACCAUUGUUUAAAAUCUCUAACGGUCAAUUUAUAUAGUAUAUGGAAAACAAUCUGUUUUAAUUUCAAUCAUGAAAUCUGGAACAUUUCCAGAGUGUUGAAAACUUGUUUUCGAACCAUCUGUUCAUUUCUUCGGUUUGUGAGCCUCUGCAUCCAUGGAGAUGAUGGAGACCGUGGAGGUGUAUGAGGAGUCAGAUGUGAGGAUAGGGGAGGAGGUCGAGAGCUGCUACACGCUCAUGGAGGUCACUUCUCCCAAGAGGAAAAAGAGGAACAAGACUCAGGAAGACAGCACUGAGAAACAGAAGAAACCCAGGUCAGCCUACCUGCUGUACUACUUUGACGUGCACCAGUCCAUGCAGCAGGAAUAUCCCAGCAUGCCGCAGUCUGAGAUCAACAAGCGUAUCAGUGAGAGCUGGAAGAGGCUGACCGUGGCUGACAAAGCCUUCUACCUGGAGAAGGCCAAGCAGGAGAAGGAAGGGGCCGACACUACAUCCCCGAUGCCCCCUCAGGACCUGUCUGGCUUCCGCAAGAUCCUCCCCAGGGCCAACUACGUCCUGCUCCCCAGGGGUUACCCCUCCCAGGCGGGUCUGGAGCCCCAGGAGUGUCCAGGGGGGGACGGGGGCCUGGCUCUGGGCGGCAGGGUGGAGCUGGUGGGGCAGUGUGUCCAGAGUCUGAGGGGCGAGGAUGCCACCAUGACCCUACAGGGGGGCCUACCAUCCUCCUCUCCAUCAGCCCCCACGCCAAACUACGAGCCCCAGAAUUCAACGGGAGCUGGAUUACUGCUCAUGGGGGAGGAGCCGAAGUUGCUGGGCGGGGAUUACAGCACGGUUGGCAUAGCGACAGAGGACGUAGUACAGCAGGUGAAAGGAGAGGCUGCUCACCUGGUCACUCUCCUACCUGGGCAGAGCCUGCUGGAGCCCACGGCGUUGCCAGGAGCCAGCACUGUAGGCACGGUUGUCAUGGUUCCUGUCGCCGCCAGUGGGACGGGGGUUGACCCCAAACCCUCCUUUAAGAUGGCAGUGAAGACGUACACCAGGAGAGGGAGGGGCAGGUGCCCGACGGUGGGCUGCUCCUACGUCUACGUGACCCGCCACAAGCCGCUCUCCUGCCCCAACUGUGGGAGGGGCCUGGGGGGCAAGUGGAUGCCCUCUGCCAAAAAGACCCAGGGUAAAAAAACAUGUUGCCCAGCCAAGCCUUCGUCCCCACUGCCCCAGAGCAGUGUCCAGGGUCAGACCCCAGACCCCAGCCACACCAAACCCCCUGGCCGCAAGAGAAAAAGCCUCGGGCGCAGGCAGAACCGGAGGGCGGAGGAGCGUGCAGUUACAGCAGGACAGCCACUAGAGGGCAGCAACACCAACGCUCACACACAGACAGCCUUGACUCCCAGCAGAGCGAUAGCCAAGGGUAAAGGCCAGGAGAGAAGCACUGCAAUUGGUCAGAAGCGCCCUAUGAGACCCAUCCUCCCAGCCUAUUGCAACACAGGACCAGCUUUGCUCCAGUGCAUAACUGUUCCCCCUGACAAAGGCAAAACCAGGACUCCCAGUAACAGCAGAACAACCACAGCUCUGAGUGACAAGAUGUCUGCUCUGAAACCCAACACUCUGAAACAACUGGGCCAAGCUGUCCCUGUGACCGCCGCCCUGGACCAGAGCUCUGCUUGUCCACCAGAGGGCAGUCAGUACAUUCUGACUGACAAUGGGGUUAAGAGGAUGUCUGUGGUGCCUCUCUCACACACCUCCACCCCCAGCCUGGAUCUGGGCCUGUCGACAGCGCGAGGCCGUGGUCGAUGUAAGAACCCCUCCUGUGACUACGUGUAUAAGAACAGACACAAGCCAGCGGAGUGCCCCUGCUGUGGCUGGGAGCUGUCCAGGAAGACCAGCAAGAGCACCAAGUGUGGGGUUCUGCUGGACCCGUACGGAGCCCUGAGCGCGGCCCAGCGGGAGCUCCAGCGCCAGUCCACCCUGCAGCUGCUGCGGCGGGACCUGCAGAUCCCCGAGAGCGAGGCCGAGCUGCGCGACACGCUGAGCCUCAUCCAGGAGCUCAACAGCCCCCAGGAGGAGCUGAGCGAGGCCGGGGCCGGGGCCGGCCAGCAGCAGGAGCCGGAGGCCGGGGCGGAGGCCCAGCACGGCUGGCCUCGCUUCUAUGAGUCGGUGGCGACACACUGCGGCCUCUGUCACUACCCCCUCUUCAAGGGAGGACAGAGUUCUGUGGCAGGUCAGGAGGACUGCUGGCUGCUGACUGAGUCCCUGAUCCAAACAGCCUCCCUGCAGCUGAAGGUCUGCCUGAACACACAGUGCCUGGCCUUGCACAGCUUCACUCACCUCCACCCAGGUCUUUUCAACAUUGGGAACAGACUGCUGGUGAGUCUGGACCUGUUCCUGAAGAUCCGGGCUCACGUCAGACUGGGCCAGAAUCCCUCCCAGGCCAUCACAACCAUCUUCAACCAGAUCCAGAACCACUCUUUCCAUGGCUUGACCUCAGAGGAGUCCCUGCAUGUCCACGAGCUGCUGAUCAGUGGCUACUGGGCGUUCGAGUGCCUCACGGUGAGAGACUACAACGACAUGAUCUGUGGCGUGUGUGGCAUCGCCCCCAAGGUGGAGAUCUCCCAGCGAUACACCAGCAACGUGCUGGAGCUCAAACAUGUGGAGUUCACGUGGCCAGAGUUUGGCUCCCCGGACGAGGUGCGCGUGGACGACUUCUGGCUGACCAUGGAGAGGGAGGCCCUGGAGCAGGCUGCCUUCCCCACUGACGUGCCCAUCACCCGGGUGGACGCCUCCAUCAUCGCCCCCUUCCUCCCCCCCCUCUCCAGGAGCUCGUCGGUCAUCAACACAGAGAAGGACAAGCUCCUCCCCCCCGCCCUGGAGUCUGCUGGGGACCCGUCGGCCCUGGUCCGUCUGAUCCACGAUGGGCACCUGAGACCGGAGCACCUGGAUGAGCACAGCGAGGAGGAGCUCCGAGCCAUUCUGGAACACUGCGGAGAGAGCGCCGAGCCCCACUGCACCCAGGAUGACUUGUUGGUGUCUCUGAUCUCCCUGUACACGCGUGUUCAAAGUGGCCUCCCCACCUCCCCCCAGCCCCCCCCUCACCUCACCGCUGGCAAGCUGUCCAAGGUCUGCCCCCACCAGGUGGUGUGUGGUUCCAAGUUCUUGGUCCGGGGAGAGACGGCUCGUGACCACGUGGACCUGCUGCUGUCCUCCAGGUUCUGGCCCCCCGUGUACGCUACCGACGCAGCCCAGCAGGUGGCGCUGUGCACUGACAUGCAGUACCCAGAGCUGGCCUUCAGGAUGUGGGGCUGGAACCAGGGCUGCUUCUCCGACCCCACAGACAAGCCUCAGUUUGUGUCGUGUGCUGAGCUGCAGGACCAGCCCUACAGCGCCGACCAGCCCUGCGUGGACGAGAGCGGCCAGGUCCACCCAGUAACCCGGUCAGCCGCCCGCUGGCUGGUGCACCCCACGGGGGCCGGGCGGGGCCAGGACUGCUACGCCAUGGGGCUGUGCAGGGAGCUGGAGCCCCACUUAGGCCUGGUGGACCACCUCUUCAGAGAGGGGGAGGGGACGGGGGAGGGGGAGGAGACGGGGAAGCCCGUCGAGCCCGUCGAGCCCGUCGUCUUGGGAACGGGCUCGGAGGGGACGGAGGGCUCCGUGAGCUGGGUGCGGAGCCGCCCUCAGGUGUUCCACAACGCGGCGUACUACUACCUGUACAACCGCCUGACGGACUUCCUGAGCAGCAGGGAGAUCGUGGCCCAGCAGAUCAGCCAGGUGCUGAGGGCCUGUGAGCCGGGCCAGGUGGUGAUCCGGGACGCCCUCUACAGGCUGGGGGUGGCACAGAUCAACACGGAGGGGGAGGAGGGGGAGGGCGGGGGGGGAGGAGGCGGUGUACGAGGAAGAGGUGGUGCCGUAAGGGGGAGGGGGGAGGAAGAGGUGCUGGAUUUGGCUGAUUGACAGUGUGGAGGGGUGGGGGGGAGGAGGGGGGAGGGGCUAGAGUUGUAUGACUGAAGGAGUGCUCUAAGGGUUUUAAGAGGUUAAAGUGCUUUAACAUACUCACUGGAGCUUAACACCGGCUUGACGCUUAACUGUGAUGGAUCUCGUCACUCGAUGCCUUUGGGACUGAAAUACAAAAACAUAUUUAUUGUGUAUGUGCACUAACAUGCCAGUCAUGUUAAAUAGGUUUGAAUGUGUCAGAAGGUGGGAUUUGUAGUUAUGUGGCCUUGGUGUGGACUACAAGAUUUUAAACUUGAGUCAGUAAGGACUGGGCAGGUGUGAACCGACUCUGGCUAUGGCUGACACUGUGAUGGGUGUAGCAUUACUAAGCUAACCCCUCACCCUGUGUAGUGAAGUGCUACACAUGGAAGAGUAUUGAUGUGUUUGCCUUUACAUGUUGAUCAAGUAUUUUAAAUAAAUGGGCAUUAAAAAGGAAGCAUGUUUCUGUGAUCUCUCUAAGGGGUUAGCCACUUCCCCUCUGGCUGAGUGUUGUGUAAGAGAUGACGGGGGGAUUGACGGAGGAGACGCAGAAAGACGUGUUGAAAAUGGGAACCAGCAAGAAGUGAACACCAAGACUGGUUUUCGUUCCUCUUUGUGGGGUUUCUAUGAUGGGCGGCCCUCGGCUUCAAAUACCCUUUUGACUUUUGCUUAGUUCAACCCGUUUUCAAUAACAGUUAAAAGCUGCUUUUGUACUGGCCUGUUUUUUCCUUAAACAUUUGAUAACCCCAAUUAACGACUGAGUUUAGCCAACUAAUAAGGUUUGUUUUUUUGUUGUUGUUUUUUUUAUAAAUGUGUUUUUGUAUGCAAGGGAACAGACAUGCACAACAAUCUUGGGGGGCUUGAAAACCACAAGACUGAAGCAACUUCUGUCUCCAGGGAACACAUGAUUCCUCUUAGCCGUCUGAGACUAAGAGCUAAGUUAGGUCCCCUUUAAAAUGUACUUUUUUAAAGACAAACAUUUGAGGCCC